AUGCUGAUACGACGUCGCCCGCUUUCCGGCAUGACCCCCUCACCCUUUGCCUUUCGCCCCCCGGGGGCUUCCACUCAAACCUCGAAGAGAAAAGCCAAGAACAGCAGCCUAAAGCGAGUUGGAGAGGGCAAGGCCCGCACGACCCGGCGGCCGGUGGACGGCCCUUCUUUGCCCACUCGCUUGCAUCUUGUGAAGAUCGAGCUUGUAGAAAACUCUGAGCGUCGUGCUGGAUAG